UGCGACCCGCGGACACACACGGUGCAGGCGCCCCAACAGCAGCCGCUAGACGAGACACCAACUCCUGCCUUGCCCGCCCGCCCGCGCCACCAUGUCCCAUCACUGGGGAUACGGCAAGCACAACGGGCCUGACCACUGGCAUCAGGACUUCCCCAUUGCCAAGGGAGAGCGCCAGUCCCCGGUGGACAUCGACACCAAAGCAGCUAAGUAUGACCCGGGCCUGAAGCCCCUCAGCAUUAGCUAUGAGCAAGCUGCCUCCCGGAAGAUCCUCAACAAUGGCCACUCCUUCAACGUGGAGUUUGAUGACUCCCAGGACAAAGCAGUGCUGAAAGGAGGCCCACUGGAUAGCCCCUACCGGCUGGCUCAGUUUCACUUUCACUGGGGCUCCUCUGAUGGGCAAGGAUCUGAGCACACUGUGGAUAAAGUUAAAUAUGCUGCAGAGCUUCACUUAGUUCACUGGAACACCAAAUAUGGGGACUUUGGAAAAGCUGUAACGCACCCUGAUGGCCUGGCUGUUCUGGGUAUUUUUUUGAAGAUUGGCAAUGCUACAGUGGGGCUUCAGAAAGUCCUCGAUACGCUGGAUUCAAUUAAAACAAAGGGCAAGAGUGCUGACUUCACUAACUUUGAUCCCCGUGGGCUUCUUCCUGGAAGCUUGGACUACUGGACCUACCCAGGCUCUCUGACCACCCCUCCUCUACUGGAAUGUGUGACCUGGAUUGUGCUCAAGGAACCCAUCACCGUCAGCAGUGAGCAGAUGUUGCAAUUCCGCAAACUUAACUUCAAUGGAGAGGGUGAACCGGAAGAACUGAUGGUGGACAACUGGCGCCCAGCUCAGCCACUGAAGAACAGGCAAAUCAAAGCUUCCUUCAAAUGAGGAGGCCGGAGAGUUGACUCUCCGGGUGUUACUCAGUAGCUCACACAAGUCUACCUUGGUGAUUUGGACCCCGGCUGCUUUGUGUCUGGUCUUGUAGAUCCUUCAUCUCUCACCUGUCGUGCUUACUAAUAUGUGAAGAGCGAAAGAAAGACUCAUACCUGAGGGAAGAGCUGUGUGAGUUAGUGCUUGGCUUCUGCCAUAGCCUUUGUGAAACAGGAACCAAAUGCAAAGGGCAGAAAUAUGACUUUGUCCACAGCACACAGAGUGAGGAGCACUCAGAAUUGUUCACUAAAAUGCUCUUUUCAAAACAUAGGAUUGUAGAAUGGCUGAGUGCAAAUCCGUAUUAGAAAGCAAAUUGAAUUAAUUAAGUAAACCAGGCCAAAUAGUCAUGAUUUUGUGUACUGUGAAUCAGAUAAAAUGAGCACUCAUGAUUCCAUGAUGUUAUAUUAAUGAAAAUAUUUUUAAAAUUCUUAUAUAUUUGUAGCAAAGUUAUCUUAAAUGUGAAUUAUGUUAUACUUCAGUGACUUUGGAAUUCUAGAAUGAAGUAUGAGCUAUAAAAAUUGUUAUAGUUGUGAUACAGAGUAUAUUUCCAUUCAAAUAUCAUAACUUAAUAAAUAUUGUAUUUUAGAUAUAUUCUCUAAUAAAAUUCAGAAUU